CCCAGAACCCCAAAAAGGCCAAUUCAAUCAAUCAAUCAGUCAGUCUCCCAAACAGUAAACAUCACUAAACACCACCCUUUUUCAAUUCUCACUUCUGCUAGCUCCUUCGUCUCUUACUCAGUUUCUUCAUCUCCUCCCCCAAACUCUCAGCCAGCCCAACUAUCAUGUUCAUGAUGCAUAGAGGAACAAGAGAAAGCAUGCUCUAUCAAUAACUUGGUGGGUGCUUUUGAUUUUGGUCAGUUAGGUGAAGUAAACAGAGCUAGAGAAACGAGCAAGGUCAAGCUAGCUACUCAGGAGAUUCUUUUGUUGAAGAUCAGAAGUGGAAGUUAGAUAUGGAUCCGGUUGCAGCACACGGCCGACCACUUCCGCCUCCGUUUUUAACAAGAGAUCUUCAUCUAAACCACCCUCAUCAUCAGUUCCAACACCACCCUCACCUCCUCCACCACCAGAAUUCUGAAGACGAGCAGAACAGCUCCGGCGGCCUAAACCGCCACCGCGGAAUGAAACGCGACCGGGACGACAACACCUCCGGCGGCAACACGCCGAACUCGAUGGAUGGCAAUAAGGAUCUGCUCGGUGGGUCCAACAGCGGAGAAGGCGGCGAGAUCACGAGACGACCUCGUGGCCGACCGGCUGGCUCUAAGAACAAGGCCAAACCCCCCAUCAUCAUCACGCGUGACAGCGCCAACGCGCUGCGCUCUCACGUCAUGGAGGUCGCCAACGGCUGCGACAUCAUGGACUCUGUCUCUACCUUCGCACGCCGGAGACAGCGAGGCGUUUGCAUUCUCAGCGGCAGCGGCACCGUCACAAAUGUAACCCUCCGCCAGCCAGCCUCCCCUGGGGCUGUGGUCACCUUACACGGCAGGUUCGAAAUUCUUUCCCUUUCGGGAUCAUUCCUGCCCCCACCUGCCCCGCCUGCCGCGUCAGGGCUCACCAUUUACCUGGCUGGCGGGCAGGGACAGGUAGUCGGGGGCAGCGUCGUAGGCCCGCUACUAGCUUCGGGCCCUGUGGUCAUUAUGGCAGCGAGUUUCGGUAAUGCUGCUUACGAGAGACUGCCCCUCGAGGAGGAGGACGCCACGGCAGUGACGCCUAUGCCGGGGAGCGGGCCCCUUGGCUCCCCCGGAAUUGGCGGAGGAGAGCAGCAGCAACAGUCGCAAGUUCAACAAGUUCAGCAGCAGCAGCAGAUGUUGCAAGAUGCUAAUAACUCAUCACCUCCUCCCUCACUCUUUCAUGGGAUGCAGCAAAAUCUUCUAAAUUCAGUUCAAUUGCCUUCUGAGGCGUACUGGGGCACAGCUCGUCCUCCUUAUUGAAGAUCAUUAUCAUCAUCCCUCACUGUGUUCCGAUUUCGAACUCACUCCUUGUCCUUCUUUUCUUUCAAAUUAAACAGCCUUUUCUUAUCCUUUUUUCUCCUUCUAUAAAAUUUAGUCUUAUGUUUGAUUAAUUAGUUGAAAGGUGUUAAUUGUUCGUGGAUGGGGGUUUGAUAUCUGAAGAAGCUAGCUAGCUGGAUGUACAAAAGAGAUCAUGAGUUUUGGUGGGUUUGGUUUUUCUGGAUGGAUCAUGAAUAGUUUACUUUGAAUUCACCGCAAAGUGAUAUUGUAGCUUAGAGGUGAAGCAGCAGCUUUCAACAAGUUUCAAGUUUCAAAGGUUGGCAUUGGAUUUCAGUACUAAUUUUCUGUCUCUCUUUCUGUUCAUUUCUUUCCUUGUACUUCUGCAGCAAAUUAACAGGAAAUCAUAGGUCUUUAGUCUAUGACUCUAUGUUACAAGACCCCUUAAUUAAAGUAUUUUUGAAU